AUGGCUGGAUGUUCAUCAGGUAUCAGGUUAUCUCAGUUUACAUCUCUGAAAAAUGAAAUCUUUAUCAUGGGGUCCAUUAAAGACUCUAACUUUACGUUUGUUAAGAAUCAAGAUUUUGUGGGUAGGAGGAAAAUCGGUUAUUUGGUUUGUCAGAAGAAUUACAAGUCAAGAUUUUUGGUUAAGAGUUCAUUGAAUCCAGAGGGUAAAUCAAUAUCUGGUGUUAGUAUAGAGACAGUACUCAAAGAGAAUGAUACUUUUUCUGUUGGGAAAGACGUAAGUCUUCUUGAUGCUGAUAAUGGUGGUGAUGGGGAGGGAGAUUUAGCUGUUGGGAAUGGUGGAAAUGGGAAAUACCCUGGUGGUGGUGGCGGCGGCGGAGGUGGUGGUGGAGGGGACAAUGGAGAAGGUGAUGAGGAAGAAGAUGAAUUUGGGCCAUUACUGAAGUUUGAGGAUGUGAUGAGAGAGGCAGAGGCUCGUGGGGCUACACUUCCUGCUGAUAUGAUAGAGGCUGCAAAGAGUGUUGGGAUCAGAAAGCUACUUUUGCUUAGAUAUUUGGACUUGCAG